CUGAACAGUCUCUUUCUUCUUCGUCUUCUUCUUCAAAAUUGAAAUUCAAAAAAAAAAGAAAGAAAAAAGUUAGUAACCAAAUAAUUUACGAAUUAAAAAUUAGAAUCUCAACAACAACUUCACGCGCCGCCUUUUCUCUCUCUAAAUCUGAAAUCUAACCACCACCGCCGCCGCCGUCACUGCCGGCGUGUUAAUCUUUAUGAAUCAAAGCAACUAUGGGCGGAGUAACGUCCUCGAUUGCCGCCAAGUUCGCUUUCUUCCCACCGCAACCACCGUCGUACACAGUUGUAGUUUCUGAUACAACCUCCAGUGAUGGUUCACCGGCGGCGAAGCUUUCGAUUCCGGAGGUUCCGAUGAAGGAAAACGUGGAUGUAGUGAAGUUAAGGACUCGGAGAGGUAACGAAAUCGUGGCGGUGUAUGUUAAGUACCAUAGACCUACAUGCACGAUGCUUUACUCUCAUGGAAAUGCUGCUGAUUUGGGUCAGAUGUUUGAACUCUUUGUUGAAUUGAGUAAUAGACUUCGACUUAAUGUUAUGGGUUACGAUUACUCUGGAUAUGGACAGUCGACAGGGAAGCCAACUGAAUAUAAUACAUACGCAGAUAUUGAAGCUGCAUAUAAAUGCCUGAAGGAGCAAUACGGGGUCAAAGAUGAACAAUUGAUAUUGUAUGGCCAAUCUGUUGGUAGUGGUCCCACACUUGAUCUUUCUUCAAGGAUAUCAGAAUUGAGAGGUGUUGUGUUACAUAGUCCAAUUUUGUCAGGGUUGAGAGUACUAUAUCCUGUAAAGCGGACAUAUUGGUUUGAUAUUUACAAGAAUAUUGAUAAAAUUGGUAUGGUAAAAUGUCCUGUUUUGGUUAUCCAUGGGACAGCAGAUGAAGUUGUUGACGUGUCCCAUGGAAAACAGCUCUGGGAACUUAGCAAGGUAAAGUAUGAACCCUUAUGGGUAAGUGGCGGUGGACAUUGUAAUCUUGAGCUUUACCCAGAGUUCAUUAAACACCUAAAGAAAUUUGUACAGACAAUUGGAAAACCUAAAGCAACUACAGAAAAUGGUUCUGAAAAGGAUACUGUAGAAACUGAGAGUCAAGCCAAAGCUAGCAAAGAAUCAGAAAGUGGAACUUCUAGUGCUUCUGAAUUGAGUACAGAGAUUCCUGAAGCUUCUAGAAACAGUUUAGAUAGCCGUCUUAAAAAGUCUAAAAAACCCGACAAACCUGAAAAAUCUCGAAUGAGCACGGAUCAUGUUGAUAGGUUUAGGAGAAGAAAGGGGUUAGUUUGGUAGUCUCUCACAUGAAGUGUACAACAACAACUAAGUCUUAUUCCAUUGAGUAGGAUCGGCUACAUGGAUCAAAUGACGCCAUAAUGUUCUGUUAUAUAUCAUAUCUCACAUGAACUGUUUCCAGAAUAAUUUAUCUGCUUGUAUCCACUAUUCCACUCCUGAGGUAAUGAUGCCUGUUCUAAGAUGAAUAUAUUGAGUGAGUUUUCUGCUUUCUUUCCUUUUUUUAGGUCCAGAAAGCUUCUGUACUUUAAAUGAUUGAAAAGUAAUUUGCAUUUGUAUGACCUGUAAAAUCAACAUCUUGUUAUAAUAAAUGCAAUCUUUAAGGUACUUUAUUAUGGUAAA